AAACUAAGACUUACAUAAAGAGAGCGUCUCGAGUCUCUGAACUUGAAAAGAGACUCAUUCAAAAGCUUUGUUUUUCUGUAACAAAAUUCAAUAGAUUUGCUUUGCUGCAAUCGAAGCUACCUUCUUGCUUUAACGCCUGUUGACUGUGAUGGAUGGAACUUGGAUAUUCACUUUUUGCAGCAUUGCAGGCAGCAAAAGAGAAUUUUUGUUUUUUUGGUCUGUUAUCCAUGAAGGCACUCAUUCUUGUUGGAGGGUUUGGGACCCGGUUGCGGCCAUUAACUCUCAGUGUACCAAAGCCACUGGUUGAUUUUGCCAACAAGCCCAUGAUAUUGCAUCAGAUUGAAGCUCUCAAAGCUAUUGGAGUAACUGAAGUUGUUCUGGCCAUCAAUUAUCAACCAGAGGUUAUGCUUAAUUUUUUGAAAGAUUUUGAGAAAAAGCUCGAUAUCAGGAUUACUUGCUCACAAGAAACUGAACCACUUGGCACAGCUGGUCCGUUGGCUCUUGCCAGGGAUAAAUUGAUAGAUAACUCUGGAGAGCCCUUCUUUGUCCUUAACAGUGAUGUAAUUAGCGAGUACCCGUUAAAAGAAAUGAUCGAAUUCCACAAGAGUCACGGAGGAGAGGCUUCCAUUAUGGUAACCAAGGUAGAUGAACCAUCCAAGUAUGGUGUGGUAGUUAUGGAUGGAACUACAGGGAAAGUUGAAAAGUUUGUAGAGAAACCGAAGAUAUUUGUAGGCAACAAGAUUAAUGCUGGAAUCUACUUGCUUAACCCAUCAGUUCUUGAUCGGAUUGAGCUGAAACCAACCUCAAUUGAGAAAGAGGUCUUCCCUAAGAUUGCAGCAGAAAAGAAGCUGUAUGCUAUGGUCCUGCCUGGGUUUUGGAUGGACAUUGGACAGCCAAAGGACUACAUAACUGGUUUAAGACUAUACUUAGACUCCUUGCGGAAAAAAUCAUCCUCUAAGUUGGUCAGAGGAUCACACAUUAUAGGAAAUGUUUUGGUGGAUGAGAGUGCUGUGAUUGGAGAAGGAUGCCUCAUUGGGCCAGAUGUAGCCAUUGGUCCAGGAUGCGAAAUCGAGCCAGGUGUCAGACUCUCAAACUGUACUGUAAUGCGUGGAGUUCGAAUCAAGAAGCAUGCUUGCAUUUCCAGCAGUAUCAUUGGAUGGCAUUCGACUGUUGGCAGGUGGGCUAGGAUAGAGAACAUGACAAUCUUAGGAGAAGAUGUUCAUAUAGCUGAUGAAGUUUAUAGUAAUGGAGGUGUUGUCCUCCCACACAAAGAGAUUAAAUCAAGCAUUUUGAAGCCAGAGAUCGUUAUGUGACGAUUCUGAUGACAUUUGGUAUAGACAUCUCAAAAUGGAUUUCAUGUAGCAACAACGUUUUUAGUUUCCCUUUUCUCUUUUUGACUGUAUGGAUUAGAUACAGGACCAGAAUAAUGUAUUUAUGUUAUUUGUUAUUGGUGAAUAGAAGAAGAUAAUAGCAUGCAAAUGUAAUUUCUAAUAAA